AUGAGCGCGGCGCCGAGCGAGACGUGCGAGAUCCCACUGCAAGGCAGGCCCCCGUCUCGCUGCAACGGAAGCAUCCAGCCGGGGAAGCCAGCCGACGGAUCUGCGAUGGGAUGCUCGCCCGAGUCGUUCGGUGGGUUCGAAGAGUCGACACAACGCUCGCCGGUCACGGUGACGCUAGCGCCGGGGCUGCGCAUCGGGGCCGGGGAGCCGUGCCUCGUCAUCGCCGAAAUCGGCCAGAACCACCAAGGAGACAUCCGCAUCGCCGAGAAAUUGAUCCGCGUCGCCAAGGAAGCCGGGGCGGGAUGCGCGAAGCUGCAGAAGAGAAGCCUCCCGGACGGCUUUACGUCCCGGGUCCUCCGCACCCCGUACGACUCCCCCAACUCCUGGGGUGAGACCUACGAGGCCCACAAGCGACAUCUGGAGUUCACCGAGGAGCAAGUCCGCCACCUUCGCGACUACGCGUGGAACGAGGUCGGGAUUCCGCUGAUCGCCACUCCCAUGGACAUCCCUUCCGCCGAUCUCUUACAACGUCUGGACGCCCCGUUCUUCAAGAUCGGUUCAGGAGAUACCAACAACUUCCUCCUCCUGGACCAUGUGGCCAGCUUCGGGAAGCCGAUGCUCGUGUCCACCGGGAUGCAGAGCAUGGAGACCGUGCGGGCCGUCUACGAGCUCCUCAAAGACCGGGUGCCUCUGGUGUUGCUUCAGUGCACUAGUGCCUACCCGAGCCCCGCCGAAGCGGUGAACCUCAACGUCCUUCGAACUUAUCAGAGAGAGUUCCCCGAAGCCAUCAUCGGCUACUCCGGUCACGAACUCGGAAUGGUGGCAACACUGGGAGCCGUGGCCAUGGGGGCCAAAGUGGUCGAGAGGCACAUCACCUUGGACAAGACGUGGAAGGGGAGCGAUCACGAGGUAUCCCUCGAGCCGCGCGAACUGACUCGACUGGUCGAGAGCAUCCGGGAGAUGGAAGCCUGCUUCGGGGACGGGGUCAAGCGGAUCGUGCCUUGCGAGUGGGGCACAAAGGUCAAAUUAGGGAAAACGGUCGUAUCGUCCCGUUUCAUCCCGGCUGGAACGGUGCUUCAAAACCAGCACCUCAGCAUCAAAGUGGCCCAGGAGGAUGGAGUCCUACCCGAGAAUUACCAGAUGGUCGUCGGUCGUGUCCUCGGCAGGGACUUGGAACCUGACAUGUCCAUCAAGGAGGAAUACCUCAAGUGA